AUGGCAUCCGAUGGUGCCCUGGGUGUGGAUGUGCAUGGGCCGGACAAGCACGUUACCCCGGAUUUCUCCCACCCAGCUGUCAGCCCCACGUUACCUAACCUCCCGACCGCACCAAGCCUGAUUGCGGACACGUUGUGCAACAGAAAGGCAAGGGUAUGGCCUCAGGUACCGAAGCUGUCCUGGGAAUUUGCUGACAGCCCCGCUAGCCAGAACUCUUCGGAGAGUCACCUUUUGCGCUGCCUUUACAGGACAUUUGUACAUCUCAGGGUGCACAGGGGUGACAAUAGCCUCCAGCUCAAGGAAGUAACGCCAUCCACCAUGAAACCAAGGCACAGUAGGCUGAACCGCGACCCAUACGAGAUUGCCGCCAUGGCGCGCAUUGUCAUACAUCUGCUCCAUUGCGCGCAGCUAUAUGAUAUCUACGUUAGGCAUAUGAGCUAA